CAGCUGUGUCCAAUCACAGCUCAGCACAUCAGUGCCACCCGCAAGUUCCGCCCACCUGUGCCCAGCAGUGCGCCCACUAGCUCCGCUCACCUGUGCCCAGCAGAUCACCCACCUGUGCCCAGCAGUGUACCCACCUGUGCCCAGCAGUGCACCCACCUGUGCCACUCUGCAGUGUCACACACCUGUGCCCAGAAGUGCCACCUACCUGUGCCCAGAAGUGCCACCCACCUGUGCCCACCCACCUGUGCCCACCAGUGCCACCCACCUGUGCCCACCCACCUGUGCCCACCCACCAGUGCUGCCCACCAGUGCCACCCACCAGUGCAGCCCAGCAGUGCUGCCAGUCAGUGCCACCAGUCAGUGCCCAGGGGUUGUGCCAGUCAGUGCCGCCAGUCAGUGUCCAGCAGUGAUGCCAGUCAGUGCCGUCUAUCAGUACCCAUCAUCAGUGUCACCUAUCAGUGC